UUUGAAGAGACCUUUAUUUUCGGUCGCUCUCGUUUCUUUUUAGCCCGGUAAAGGAAGCGGAAACUUCAGUAACUAUUGAAGUAUGUCGUGAACAUCAUCAGGAUGUCGCAGGUGGAGUUGAGCGAGGGCAACGUAGAGGUGCCAGGCUGCACGUCGCCACUCUUCUACAGACAGAGUCGACCUUCCUCGGGAGACGUCAAGAUGAGAAUUUUGCUUCUUCACGGUCGCCGCUUCUCCUCGGAAAACUGGCUUAACAUCGGUACUCUUCACGCGCUGGCCGAUGCCGGCUGCCGAGCAGUUGCCAUCGACCUUCCAGGACUGGGCCGCUCCAGCUCAGCCGAGGCGCCAGCAGCCAUGGGCGAGCUGGCCCCCGCUGCGUUCCUGACGGACAUAUGCGAGCGACUGGAGCUGAGCCCCGUGGUGCUGAUCAGCCCAUCACUCAGCGGCAUGUAUUCGCUCCCCUUCCUGCUGCAACACCAGCACCUGCUGCGGGCCUACAUUCCCAUAGCGCCCAUCUGCACCGAAAAGAUCAGCGCACAACAGUACCGUAAUGUCAAGGUGCCGUCACUGAUCGUCUGUGGUGAUGGGGACACUGAGCUGGGGAAGGUGUCGCUUAGCAACCUGAGUCAGCUGGCGAAUCACAGCGUGGCGGUGAUGAAAGGGGCGGGGCACGCCUGUUACCUAGACAACCCGGACACGUGGCACCGGCUACUCACGGACUUCCUCGCUAAAAUCUGAGACAGCCUCAUGAGGACUGGCAGAGGUGAUGUUGGUCGAAAUGGAGGUCAGAGAGGUUCUGUUUUUUUUUUUUUUUUUUUUUGGUAAU